AUGUUAUCAACAUCAAAAAUAAAUUUUAAUAAUGAAGAUAAGAUUUUUACAAGAUAUAUAAAUAGUUCAAUUAUCAAUAGAAAAGAUAAAGAUUUACAAUUGAAGAAAACAUUUUCUAAAAAAACCAUUUUCUUAUUAGAAAUUAGAAAUUUCGCAAUUACACUUAUGAAUUUGGCUUCUUUAUUUUAUCAAAUUUUUAUAGUAAUAUUUUUACAAAUAAAAAUACCAUUUUUGGUAGCUUAUAUCAUACAUACGCAAAUACCAAGUACUUCAUCAAUUACAUGUUUUCAUAAUGAAGCUGAAUUAUGUUUUAAACAAUUAUUUGAAAAAAAUACAAAUAUUUGUACUGAUCAACAAUUACAUUUUCAAUGUAAACAUUAUAAUUUUUUAGAUGAAUGUUUUACUAAAAAGGAUGUACAAUGUCAACCAUCUGUUGUUGGAAGAGCUGCAAGUACAGCAUAUAAAAAAAGACGUUUACAAUGUCAACAACAACAGUUACGCUCAUCAAAUAGAAGGCGACAUCAAUAUAAAUCUACUAUUUAUCGUCAAAAUCCACCAACAGACCUUCAAUUUAUUAGUUAUAUAGGAUAUCUUCAAUCUAUAUGUAUUAGUAAUAAUACUAAUUGUACAAGUGAAAUCUUUCGUCAAGAUAUAAGUAGAUGUGAAGAAGACAUAAAAAAUAAAGCACAUGGUAGUGUUCAAGAAGCCAAUAGACAUAGUCUUUUAAGAAUGAAACUUCAAGCAUCAUCAAAUUUAUUACAGUAUAGUGAAACAAAACGUGAUGAAGAAUGUCUAUUAGUACGGUCAGCUUUAACAGAUAUAUUUCAAUUACAUCAAUCAUAUUGUUUACAAACAUCUAUAACUCGUUGUAUGUGUGAGAGGCUUAAUUUUGAAUAUUUUUGUAAUAUAAGUUGUUCACGUCUUGAAGUUAAAAGUAUACCAUUUAAUCAAAUAUUAACAUGGAGUGAUUUUGAAGGAAGAUUACGGUCAGCAGUUGGAUUUUCACAAAGAACUAUAAAAAUUUCAACUCAAAACUGUUUUAUUAUAUUUAUUGUCUUUUUUAUUAUAAAAAAUUUUUAA